UCUGACGCCGGUCGCGCAGUCAGCAUGGUUGGAUUUUCGCGCAGUUUUUCACCGGUCCUUCCGUGCUGAGGCUCCGACUUGGUGCUCCACGUAAUUCCAGUUGCUCGCAGUCGUGCGUGAUAUCGGUGCGCGUCGCGUACGUCUCGUCGUGAGCGCGUAAAGUGACGUUUGGCGCAACAAUUGAGAGCGACAAGUCCGAGAAACGACGCCAGAUGCUUCGACCUAACCUCCAAGCACAAAAACCGCCCCGAGGGAGCACGCUCGCUGCUGCACGGCAACGAUAACUCGCAUACGUUGCAUCAAUGUACUACGCAUGAAUCUCUCUCUUUCUCUCUCUCUCUCUCUCUCUCUCUUUUUCGCGUGUCCCUUCGAAUUUCGCGGAAUCUGUGAUUUCUCGCGACGCGAUCGAUUUCGUGUGACAACACGGUAAACAAGGAGAUAGAAGGAGGGAAAACGAGAAGAAGUCUGAAGUUUCCGCGUAUAUCGUAGAACUCUUUCGCGGCGCAUUUUAGUCGAUGAUGUGAGAGAUUAACGAAGAGAGGAGCGAGAAGAAAAGCGACUCAUAAAUGACAGUGUAGUGAGAGAGAAACGAAAGGACAGAGAGAAAGUUCUGCUUUUCAAGGCAAACCGUAAAUCUGGACCACAGGGGAAAGGAGAAGAAAGAUCUUCCCUUCGAAAUUCAUCGAAUCAAAUUCGUCGAAUUUUAUAGAAUUUUCUUCGUAACGAGCGAUACCAUGGGAUUCGUGGUAUUCCCCGAUGCUGCGCGAGAAGGGUCGCCGACGCAAAGAGAUAAACUCUGAAAAUUGUUUCGUGUAGGAAGAGAGAGCGUUGCGUCUGUACAUCGUUUCUAAUUGACAGAUAGAGGAAGGAAAGCCAACGGCAAAUAAUUAGAAGCGGGAAUGAGAAGAGGGUCGGAGGGUGGAAGACAACGAAACAUUCGAAAUUUACGAGUGAGUCGGUUUGCUCGCACGUCGUAGGAUUCAAGGUGGCGUCUAAGGACGGUCGUAUACUAUAACAAAUGGUCUAGCCGUGAGCUAGCUCGCCGUGCAACGACACCGGAAAUAGGCGAUAUCUAUCCAGCGAGUGAAUAGAAAGAUCCGCGAAAACUCAUAAGAACACACGAUGUGAAGUUUCAAACACGACCCUGCUUGUCUUCCGCGGAGCAAAUUGUGCACAAAGAGAUCGUCGACGAUGAGACGCCGCGCGUUUUGCGACGAUUGUCCUGCAAGAGAACGCUUCGCCAUUUUUUAAACUCGCGAUUUAAAUUCCAAGAAUGAUGAGGCGUUGCGCAACUCGACAUUGAGAUUUCGAAAAGGAUAAGAUCCAUGGUAAUCCGGCCAGAUGGGUUAAAGACGACCCCGAUCGACGGCGCGAUCUCGUGCUGCUUGCAAAAUGGCGAUCGUAGAGCAUUUUCGAAAGUGCAACAAGUGGUGUACGAAUCUUCGAUGUUGAGACGUCAUCGAUGUUACCCGAUAGACGGACGACGGGAUUUGAUCCGGGACCGAUCGCGACCGGUUGGAUCGAAGCUCUCGGACAGAAGGACGGUUUCUUAGAGAUGUGCGCGAUGGACCGGCGAGAUUAAGCGCAUCUAAUGAACUCUGAAUCCGUUUCUCUCUCGUCUCCAGUACGAUCGUCUCGAAAUUUCUUCAUCAAGGUUCUCUUUGCUGGACUAAGUAGAUUUACCUUGACCAACGAAUCGAGAGUCGAAAAGCUUCGAUCGGAUGCUGUUGCUUAACCUCGUCAAAGUACUUCAUUGAUCGAGAGAUCGAGAGAUAGACGAAGACUAGCUGGGAUUUUAACUUGAUUCCACUGAAUUCUCUCGAACUCGAAUACGUAUAUUAACGCCGUCAAUGUGUGUGUGUUGUGAGAUAUUUAUCAAUUAAAGAAGAAGAAGCAUUGAUGCUGGAGGGAAGAUUAGAAACGCGAGUCCAUGGAGACAAAGACGCUCGAUAUUGAACGGACGAAAGAGACACUCGCUGGGAAUUACCAACAAUUCUUGAAACUGCUACGAAGUCUCCUGUCGGCGGAUCUACUGAAUAACGUCGUAACGGCAUUCAUGCGUCAUGGGCAAACACGUUCACUGACACGCUCAAGGACGAGCAUCUUGCGAUAAUCCACGUCAAGGCGUUGUCGCAUUCGCAGAGAGCAUCGUCGAGUGAGACGAUAGUGAUGAGGAUAACCGCGAACGAAGCUGGCGUUCCUCUACUAGGCGCCGUUGGUCCGCGCUAUGUCGUCAAGCAGGCGACGGUGAAGCGCUGUGUCCUGGCGCUACUUCUCAUCUCCGUCGCCAGCAUAUUCUACUACACUCACUACAUCAUCAGCAGUGGAUCACUAUCUAGUUUGAUACACCGAGAUACAAGGCCGGAGCCAGCGAUACGAUGUUCAACUCUAAGAGGAGCAACUAGACUGCCGUCAGCACCAGACCAUCGUAGUGAAGCUCGAUUAAGGAUAGAUCCGAAGGUGCUGGUCUUUGUAGAAACUCUCUAUUCGAGGUUGGGUCGAGAAAUAGCUGAACUGCUAGUUUAUAAUCGAAUAAAGUACAAAGUGGAAGUGACCGGCAAGUCUUUACCUGUGUUGACGAAUCUUGAUAAAGGUCGAUAUGGGGUACUGAUUUUCGAGAAUCUAAACAAGUAUCUGCAGAUGGACAAAUGGAAUCGUGAAUUAUUGGAUAAAUACUGCAGAGAAUAUUCAGUUGGCAUUGUGGGUUUUGCUCCUCCUGGAGAAGAGAGCCUAGUCGGUGCUCAACUCAAGGGCUUUCCACUUUUUAUACAUACAAAUCUCAGAUUGAAGGAUGCUCAGUUGAAUGCAGCGUCUCCCAUUCUUCGAUUAACCAGAGCAGGGGAAACGGCCUGGGGACCACUUCCUGGCGGUGACUGGACUAUUUUUCAGGCCAAUCACAGCACCUACGAGCCGCUAGCUUGGGCGCACCGAGACAGCCUCGACUAUCCGGCCAACAAAAGUCCCCUAGCCACCGUCAUCCAGGACCAUGGCAGAUACGAUGGAAUUCAAAGAGUUCUUUUCGGCGGUGGCCUCAGAUUUUGGCUGCACAAACUGUUACUGCUGGACUCGUUGUCUUAUUUAUCGCACGGACAAUUAAGUCUCAGUUUGAAUCGUAUGAUCCUAGUGGACAUUGACGAUAUAUUCGUCGGCGAAAAAGGUACCAGAUUAAAAAAAGACGAUGUAAUGGCAUUGUUGGCCACUCAGCAAAGAAUUCAAGCUCUAGUGCCGGGGUUCAAAUUCAAUUUGGGGUUUUCCGGGAAGUAUUUUCAUCACGGGACAGCGGAGGAGAAUUUGGGGGACGACAUGCUUUUGGAGAACGUAGACAGAUUUACGUGGUUUUCCCACAUGUGGAAUCACCAACAACCGCAUCUAUACGAGAAUGUAACUCAUCUACAAUUGGACAUGGCGUUGAACAAGCAAUUCGCAAAGGACCACGGUAUACCGACCGGAAGCGGAUACAGCGUAAGUCCGCAUCACUCCGGCGUUUACCCGGUCCAUGAAGGUCUCUACGAAGCGUGGAAACGAGUAUGGAACAUCAAGGUCACGAGCACCGAAGAGUAUCCGCACCUGAGGCCGGCACGUUUGAGACGCGGCUUUAUUCAUCGUAACAUAAAGGUUCUACCGAGGCAAACUUGCGGCCUUUUUACUCACACGAUUUUUAUCGAGAGAUAUCCAGGCGGAAGGGAAAAGCUGGACGAGUCGAUACAGGGUGGUGAACUUUUUCAAACGAUUGUAUAUAACCCGAUAAAUAUUUUUAUGACACAUAUGUCGAAUUAUGGAAACGAUCGAUUGGCAUCAUACACUUUCGAAUCGGUUAUAAAAUUCAUUCAGUGUUGGACAAACUUAAGACUAUCCAGCGCACCGCCUCUCCAACUUGGGGAACGUUACUUUCAGUUAUAUCCCGAAGAGGCUGAUCCAGUGUGGGGAAAUCCAUGCGACGAUCAGAGACACCAAAAAAUCUGGUCUCGUAAUAAAACUUGCGAUCAAUUGCCGCGAUUUCUAGUAAUCGGACCUCAAAAAACCGGCACCACGGCAUUGUAUACGUUUUUGUCUAUUCAUCCAGCAAUAAGCAGCAAUCUACCGAGUCCCGACACUUUUGAAGAGAUACAGUUUUUCAAUGGAAAGAAUUAUUACAAAGGUCUCGAUUGGUACAUGAGCUUUUUUCCGGCAUCGAAAAAUGAGAGUUCUCGAUAUCUGUUUGAGAAAUCUGCCACUUAUUUCGAUGGAGAAUUAGUACCACGGAGGACUCAUGCGCUUCUUCCGAGAGCUAAGCUAAUCACUAUAUUGUUGUCUCCAGCUAGACGUGCUUAUUCAUGGUACCAGCAUACCAGAGUGCACGGAGAUCCGGUAGCGAACAAUUACUCCUUCCAUGAGGUCAUUACAGCAAGCGAUUCUGCACCGAAACCCUUACGGGACCUUAGAAAUAGAUGUCUAAAUCCCGGAAAAUACGCCCAGCAUUUAGAGAGGUGGUUGUCGUUUUAUUUACCACAGCAAUUGCACAUCAUCGAUGGCGAACAGUUACGGCAAAAUCCUGUGGAAACACUGCACGAAUUGCAACGAUUUUUGAAGAUAACACCUGCGUUCAAUUAUUCCUCGCAUCUGAGAUACGAUCCGAAAAAAGGUUUCUUCUGUCAAGUCACUAACGAAGAUCGCACUAAAUGUCUGGGAAAAAGUAAAGGUCGCCAGUAUCCACCAAUGGAAGAUAGAUCGUACAAAUUAUUACAGAGAUAUUAUUUAUCUCACAACACAGCUCUAGUGAAAUUAUUAAAGCGGCUUGGGUCCAGAACGAUCCCACAGUGGCUGAAGGAAGAUCUAACCGACACUGUGAUGACCUAG